AUGUGUGACCUGAUGCCAGCCUCGCAGCCCGUGGAGAAAAUCGGCAAAAUGAAAAAGUUGAGGAGAACUUUGUCGGAGAGUUUCAGGAGUAUUGCUUUCAAGAAAGAAGACAGCAGCUUUGAUGAGAUAUGUGUCACAAAGAUGUCCACACGCAGCGUCCAGGGAUCUGACUCGGUCAUCAAGCCCCUGGACACCAUCCCUGAGGACAAGAAGGUGCGCGUGCAGAGGACCCAGAGCGGCUUCGACCCGUUCGAGAAGCCGACCAGUCAAGUGAAGCGAGUCCACUCUGAGAACAAUGCCUGCAUCAACGCCAAGACGUCCUCCACUGGGAAAGAGUCACCCAAACUGCGGCGCCACUCCAGCCCCAGCUCUCCCACAAGCCCAAAGUUUGGGAAGGCAGACUCCUAUGAGAAACUGGAGAAGCUCGGAGAAGGUUCAUAUGCCACAGUUUACAAAGGGAAAAGCAAGGUGAAUGGGAAACUUGUCGCUCUGAAGGUGAUCCGUCUGCAGGAAGAGGAAGGGACUCCGUUUACAGCCAUAAGAGAAGCCUCUCUGCUCAAAGGCCUGAAGCAUUCCAACAUCGUGCUGCUCCAUGACAUCAUCCACACCAAGGAAACCCUCACGCUGGUCUUUGAAUAUGUGCACACAGACCUGUGUCAGUACAUGGACAAGCACCCAGGAGGCCUGCACCCCGACAACGUCAAGCUCUUCCUGUACCAGUUACUGCGCGGCUUGUCCUACAUCCACCAGAGGUACAUCCUUCACCGGGACCUGAAGCCUCAGAACCUGCUGAUCAGCGACACCGGAGAACUCAAACUCGCAGACUUCGGUCUGGCCCGGGCCAAGUCAGUCCCCAGCCACACGUACUCCAAUGAGGUGGUGACCCUGUGGUACCGGCCCCCUGACGUCCUGCUGGGCUCCACCGACUACUCCACCUGCCUGGACAUGUGGGGAGUUGGCUGCAUUUUCAUCGAAAUGAUCCAGGGAGUGGCUGCCUUUCCUGGGAUGAAGGACAUCCAGGACCAGCUGGAGAGGAUAUUCCUGGUGCUGGGAACUCCUUCUGAAGAGACUUGGCCUGGUGUCAACUCAUUGCCUCACUUCAAGCCAGAUCGCUUCACAGUUUACAGCGCUAAGAAGCUGAGGCAAGCGUGGAAUAAGUUGGGUUACGUGGACCAUGCUGAGGAGUUGGCCUCCAGGUUCCUCCAGUGCUUCCCAAAGAACCGGCUGUCGGCUCAAGCGGCGCUGCAGCACGAGUACUUCAGCAACAUGCCUCCACGGCUCUGUGAGCUGCAAGACAUGUCUUCUAUCUUCACCGUACCAAAUGUCAAGCUGCAGACGGAGAGCGGUGACAGCAUCCAGGUGUGCGCCAGGAGGAACAGUCACGGAAAAGCCCCCGCCAGCUCCAAACACUGA